AUGCAACGGUUAAUCAAUAUCAAUGACCCGCAAAAUGGUCAGCAUAGUGAAUCUUUAUCAUCUCCUGAGGGGGUUCGAUCAUUCCAAUCUACGGUUAACAAUUCUUUAACCCGGAAUACGGCUAGGAGUCCGGUGACGGAGGAGAUCAGCGAUACGGUUGAGAAGGCAGCAGCAGAGUUGUUACGACUAACUCCAGUGAACAUCGGGAAUUUAUCUUCGCCGAUGCGUGAGGUGUUUAUUGGUGAGGAAGGGUUGGCGCCAAUGAAUAAUAUUUCAAAUUCUACUUUGCAACACUAUAUUGCCAAUCCAGAGGUUUACAGAGAGAACUUCAAUCUGAUAUCUAAGCAGCUGGAGAAUUUAUUAGAGAAUUUGAAUGUUAUAUACAAAGAGAUUGGGUAUUCCAACAAUGAGAUCUCAUCAAGGGAAAAGAUGAUAUUUAGCAAGCUAUCGAAUUCGAUUUCUUCGUUUUUUGAUCAGGCCAAUGAAGAGAAGGCUAGGCUUUAUAGGGAAAAUGAUUUGUGUCAGGAACUAUUGAGACGAAUACUAGAGGUAAUAAACGAUCCAAGGGGGACAAAAUCAAUUCCAGAUCUAUAUACUAGGAAUUGUAUUAUGGGAAUGGAGUCUCAGAGUCCAAAUAAAAAGCCAGUUUCCUUAUUGAACAAGAGGCGUGUUUUAACCAACGCAAAACUAUUUGUCAUGAAAACGUACACACCCAAGUUACUCUGUUAUUUGGAUAGUUCAAUCAGGUUAAGAUCUUUAAUAGAUUCGAUGCCCGAUUAUGAACCAGAAAGCAAUUUACAAUUGGUGCGUACCAUACCACCUGUGGACACCUGCCAAUUUUUCAAGGGCUAUUUUAUGAAUCACGCCAACGAUAUCGAAUCUAACUACCAGUUUGUUUUAGAAAACAAGAAAUUAUUACUUUAUAGUGUCAAUUUCUCUGAUGUAACCGAAGAUAUGAUAAAGAAUUUUAACGAAUUGUCAAAAAUGUAUCAAAAUGAACGUUGCACCAGGCUUACUAAAAUAAGGAAAAUGAGCCAGGAGCUAUCUAAUUUAUUACAAGCAUUAGGAGUUGAAAUAAGGGAUUUAGAUUCCGAUUUAAAAGAUAUGCUUACUGUUUAUACCCGGGAUGAAAAGGAUGAAGUGACGAGAGACAUUUCGUUUUCGGUAAUGGCAGCACUCAAGAAAGUGAUUGAUGAUUACCAGCUAAUUAGGAAGACACGUGAGACUGAAAAACAAAAUUUGAUUGCUAAAUGUGAGCAGCUAUGGGAGAAGUUAAAGAUUUCGCCAUGUUAUGUUGAUAGCUUUAAGACUGAACAUUCUACAUUGUCUAUGAGCGAUAUAGGAUCUUUUUCAAAGGAGUUUGAGAGAUUGGAAUCAAUGAAGAAGAAGUUGAUAAAAAAUUUAAUUAAUGAUUCCUGGAAACGGAUUGUUGAAUUGUGGGAUAUUAUGGAGUUUCAUGAAUCCGAAAGAUAUAGUUUUACUUCUUUAUUUGAAAACAUGAAAUCUACUUCCACUCUGUUAGAAGAUGAUGAAAAAGUAUUAGAUUUAUGUGAAGGUCAUAUUAAAACUUUAGAGAAGAAGUACGCCGUCGUAAAGCCAAUACUUGUAUUAGUCGAUGAAUUCAAGAGUUUACAAAGAGAUCGAGUACAAUUGGAAGAAAGUAGUAGAGAUUCCUCAAGAUUACUAUCGAGAAGUUCGCAUAAAAUUUUGUUGAAAGAGGAAAAAGCUAGGAAGAAGAUAACAAGAUAUUUCCCUGGUGUAAUAUAUGAAUUAAAGUCUAAAUUGGACGCUUACUCAAAUGAAUUUAAUGAAGAAUUUAUGGUAGAUGGUGUUAAAUUUGUGGACAUCCUCGAUAGUGAACAGGAGCAGUUACUUAACAAGUAUCCUCGCAUGAGGUUCACUCAUAACGGAAGAAAAUCAUUCGUUCGUUGUAAUUCAUUACCGUCUACAUAUUCAGUACAAAAGAAAGUUUCACGCUCUCAGACAAGUACUGUAACUGUGAGGAAUGUCACUGACAAAACUCCAAUUAGAAAAACGGAAAAUACAAGCUCUGCUCGUUCGAAACCAAAUAGUGAUUUACAGCCUCAAAUCAACAAAAGUGCCCCAUGUUCAACAGUUAAUAACAGGUCUAUACGGGGAACACAUAUUGCAAGUCCACAAAAGAGAGUUAGGUAUAUUCCAUCUAAUGUAAUGAUUAAAAGCAGCCCUACCAGAAUUCCGGUACUUUCGAGCACAAAUUCAAAUAUGGCUCUGUUAUCACCAGUGAACAAGAAGCAAAAUAAGACGACCAAGCUGACACAGCUAUCAGUUCUUUCGUCUAACAAACUAAAUCAGCGGAGCAAUAUCCCUAUUCUAUCAAGUCAUAUUAACACAUUCCCACUGAUUCCAGCUGAUAAGGAAAAUAGCUACAGUCUGGAAUCCCCUGCAAAUAUUACAAAGAAACUUAGACAACAGUUGUUAAGUAGUCCUACGAGGAAUGGUGACCAUCCAGUAAAUGAUGCAAUUAAAAGCGAAGAUACAAGGACAUCUACAACCGUUGAGGAUAUAAAGGCGAGUCACAUAGCAGAAGAUGAAUCUAGUAUGAUGGAGGACAGGAAUUUCGCUGAAUGGAAACAGUCCCAAUUGGCGAAAUUGAAUGAAAAUUCAGUUACAAAAACCAACAACAUCACAGCUCGAAUAAACCAGGAAAACGAUUUAUUUUAA